AUGGAUUUGAUAGGGAAAGUUUAUCCACCUUCUUCUAAACAACAUUGUUUUAUCAUUGUGGCAACUGACUACUUUACCAAGUGGGUCGAAGCGGUGCCCAUGAAGUCAGUGCACCAAGAAGAUGUGAUUCAGUUUAUCAAACAACAUGUUAUUCAUAGAUUUGGGAUCCCAGAAUCAAUCACAACUGAUCGAGGUUCAGCCUUUGUCGCCCAAGAAGUGCAGGCAUUUGCAGCAGAGUACGGGAUCAAGCUCCUAAACUCAACCCCUCACUUUGCACAAGGAAAUGGUCAAGCCGAGCCGUCUAAUAAGACGCUAAAAGGCAUCAUUGAAAAAAUGGUGGAAGAUAACCCUAGGGUGUGGCAUGAACUGUUAUCAGAAGCACUUUGGGCAUAUAGGACUUCUCAACGGUCAAGCACAGGUGUGACUCCAUUCAUGCUCACCUAUGGUCAUGAUGCAGUUUUGCCUAUGGAAGUAACUGUGCGGUGA